GGGCGGGCCGGGGCGGUGCUGCCCCCGUCGGGGCCGGGGCCGGGGCCGGGAGCGGAGCCCGGGGCAGCUCUCCCUUUCGCGGCAGCCAUGGCAGAGGGCUCCGAGAAAGUGCCCAUCACCCGUGCGGGGCCCGAGGAUGUGGAGCAGUGCCUGCCCCCCGCGUACGCGGCGGCGGCCCCCGGGCCGGGGCGGCUGCUGAAGGCGGGGGCCGCGGUGCUGAUCGCCGGAGCCCUCCUGCUCCUGGCCGGGGCCAUCGGAGCCUUCUACUUCUGGAAAGCCACCGAGCGGCAGGUGUACAACGUUCACUAUACUAUGAGCAUUAAUGGAAAAGUACAAGACGGAACGAUGGAAAUAGAUGCUGGAAACAACUUAGAGACAUUCAAAACAGGAAGCGGGAGUGAAGAGGCUGUUGAAGUUCAUGAUUUUCAGAUUGGCAUCACUGGAAUCCGUUUUGCUGAAGGAGAAAAGUGUUACAUCAAAGCUCAGCCAAAAGCUCACGUCCCUGAAGUUGACGCUAUGACUAAAGCGAGCCUCACAUCUGAGCUGGAAGAUGAAAUCAUGCCUGUGAGAUUUGACGAAAACUCCCUUAUCUGGGUGGCUGCAGACGAGCCCAUCAAGCAUAACAGUUUCCUAAGCCCCAAAAUUUUAGAGCUUUGCGGGGAUCUUCCAAUUUUCUGGCUGCGACCGACAUAUCCCAAAGCUAACCAAAGGAGAGAAAUUAAGAGAAACAGACGCCAGACAGAAUCAAACUUUGAUGCAGAAGACUUGGAAGCUGCUGCUGAAGAAGUAAACACCAGGUCACCCACCACACAGCUGACUCAAGAACUUGAUCUCCAACCUAAUGAAACCAGGCCAAUGGGACAAGAAACCGAUCAAACGCUUAAUCCAGACAACCCAUAUAAUCAGCUGGAAGGUGAAGGGAUGGCUUUUGACCCCAUGCUGGAUCACCUGGGCGUGUGCUGCAUUGAAUGCAGACGAAGUUACACGCAGUGCCAGAGGAUUUGCGAGCCUCUCCUGGGCUACUACCCCUGGCCUUACAACUACCAGGGCUGCCGUACCGCCUGCCGAAUCAUCAUGCCCUGCAGCUGGUGGGUCGCUCGUAUCAUGGGUGUUGUGUGAGAAAAAGCAACCAGAGCCUUGACAAAAUAAGCAGGGAUGCAACGAUGACAAACUGGUAAAAGACGACAACCAAAGCCGCAGUACCAAUUCUGGCCUUUCAAUCAAAGCGGGUGUUACCGCACCAAAAGCAAGGUAAAGGUAUUAGAACUGUAAAUAAACAAACAAACAAAAAAAUCUUAAAGUAAAAUUCCAUUAGCUUCACAAAUGACAAGGGUAUGGUAGCACUUACUGAAUUAAAAAACAAAGCCAUCCCCAAAAAUGACAAUAUUAAACUUUGCCCAGAAACUGGUUUAGCAGUCCAGAAGCUUGCUCAUAAAUCCAAAUUCAGCCUUCGUAACAAAACUCUCUCUCUGAGCUAGAUGUGAAAAUUUACGUCCAAUUAGGCAACUAGCUCAACUUGUACAUCUGGGAGUACCUUUCAUCCAUGUAGCUUACUUAAAUAAAUCACAAGUUAAGUUGCUCCCCGUUGCUAUUCAUACCAAGUUGCCAGGUCAUUAUGAAUGGUUAUAAACCAAUUACAGCAUACCUUUCCCACAAAGCUGCUCCGGGGGACACGGGAAAGUGCACAUUGUGCUAAAUCGGAAACAAGCGGCAGGAAAAGGGGCCGCAGAAUCAAAACCCUUCGCACAUCCCAACAUCAAAGAAGCCCCAGCAUCAAGAAUCUUGUAUCCACGAUACCGCUGUAGUGUCUAACAAGUAUCUGCUACCCAGCUACUAUGGCUAAAGUAUUUACAUGUGGUUGCAAACCAAAGAGGCUCAAGGCCCUUCAGAAUCUACAACAGCCACUGUAUUUAUAAGUCCUUGAACCAGACACUUCUGACACAAAAUUACAACCCCUUUAUAUUCCACAUGGAGAGCGGGCACUGAUGGUAGUGCCUUUAGCUUCGCUGAAGCUAACCUCCAUUCCCUGCAAGAGAAAACGCUCAAUAGGAAGGAGAAAAAAGAGGGGAAAAACAAACAAAAAAGGAGGGGGGGAGUUUCUAACCUCACCCUUGUUGCUUAAGCAAACUGCAAUUAUUUGGAUUGAUCCUAUUAGGUAUUAAAUCUCUAAGGAAGGUACUAAGCUCAAACACUAAGCUGGAACGACUUAGGAUUUCUAGCCUUGGAAAACAAGGAUAGAGGUGCCUGAAUCCAUACUAUACCUCUCAAACCCUACCAUUGAGUUUCUGGAGCCAUCUACAUGGGUUUUAUAAACAGAACAGUCCAAUUAUUGCUUGAAGUUCACUUUCUGGAGCAUUCGUUUUUGUGACUAAACAGCUCUCGAGAUGUUGCAAGCCUGGUAAUGUUAUUAACACUGCAUGACACAGAGAAAGAAAAGGAAUUAAUUUGACAUAAUCGUGGCUUAAAGAAAAUAAAGACAACCGCAUGUGGAAUGCUAAACUGCGUAUCUAAAAAGCAAAGUGUUAAAUGAGAAUGAGAUGAGAAUAGAAUUCAGUAUUUUGUUCUAUUUCAGCUUUUUUUAAUAUAAGCUUCCCCUUCCCUUAAUCUGAAGAACAGACUCGCUUUGAAAUAUUUAAAUUAAAAACUUCUUAAAGUGGGAUUUCAAGGCCUGUUAAAUUUGAGUUUCUGCUUUUUUAAAUGAAAAUGACCUUGAUCAUUAUGUUGUUUUAGAAGUACGUCAUUCAUAUGCUUAGAAAAGUUGGUAUUCCUUUUUUUAUUUUUUUUUUUAACUGCAGAUUAAACAAAUACAUUAAAAAACGGCAA